CUCGUCAUUUCCUUCUGCUAGAGGAACGCAACGGAUUUCUUUUUCCUUCCCUCAGCCGCUCGGCCGGUGUCUUAGAAUGAAGGAGGUGAAAAGCGAGCGGGAGCGGGGGAGCCGACGAAGGCACAGGGACGGGGACGUAGUGGCGACGGCGGCCGUGGUGGUGAAGCAGGAACGCCUCAGCCCGGAAACCGCGCCUCCUGCCCAGCGUCGCCGGGACUCCUCCGGCGGUAGCCCGUCCCCGCCAGUCGGCGAGCCGGGACGCCCCGGGCGCCGCGGGAGCCGAGUCCGUGGAGGUAGCCGGUCCCCAGCCAAAAAGAAAAGCAAGGCCUCAGUGAGAAGAAGCAAGUCUCCGCGGAGCAAGCGAAGCCGAAGUCCUCACCACUCAACAGUGAAAGUGAAGCAGGAACGUGAGGAUCACCCCAGAAGAGGGCGGGAGGAUCGGCAGCACCGAGAGUCAUCUGGACAGGAACACAGGCGAGCUAGGAACAGUGACCGAGAUAGACACCGGGGCCAUUCCCACCAGAGGAGAACCUCUAAUGAGAGGCCUGAGAGUGGGCAAGCUCAAGGCCGGGAUCGAGAUAGCCAGAAUCUGCAGACUCAGGAAGCAGAGCGGGAGUUUUAUAAUGCCCGGCGAAGGGAGCAUCGCCAGAAGAAUGAAGUUAGUGCCAGUACUAAUGAGUCUCAGGAGUUGCCUCCUCGACCUGGCAGCAACAAUAAAGACAAAGAGGUGCCUGUUAAAGAAAAACCAAGCUUUGAACUUUCUGGGGCACUUCUUGAGGACACAAACACCUUCCGGGGUGUAGUCAUUAAAUAUAGCGAGCCUCCAGAAGCACGGAUUCCCAAGAAACGGUGGCGUCUUUACCCCUUUAAAAAUGAUGAAGUGCUUCCAGUCAUGUACAUCCACAGGCAGAGUGCUUACCUCCUCGGUCGACAUCGCCGUAUUGCGGACAUUCCCAUUGAUCAUCCCUCUUGUUCAAAGCAGCAUGCCGUCUUUCAGUAUCGGCUUGUGGAAUAUACCCGUGCAGAUGGGACAGUUGGCCGCAGGGUGAAGCCCUACAUCAUUGACCUUGGCUCAGGCAAUGGGACAUUCUUGAACAACAAGCGCAUUGAACCUCAGAGAUACUAUGAAUUAAAGGAAAAGGAUGUACUUAAAUUUGGAUUCAGCAGCAGAGAAUAUGUUCUGCUCCAUGAAUCCUCUGACACAUCUGAAGUGGACAGGAAAGAAGAUGAGGAUGACGAGGAGGAGGAGGAAGUAUCUGACAGCUAGCAAACUAAGAAACCACCCAAACUCUUGAGACCUUUUCUUCUUGGAGGCUGUGGAUUAACUCAAAAGAGCACUGUGGUGCUCCCUGUAAUGCCUCUUAUUGCCUUAAGUCUUUCCUCUGUUGCUGACCAGCUUAUGUUACAGUGUAAGAAAACUGACUUGUAUUUGGUUGGACAUUUUUUCUGUGGCACAUCAGCCACCUGCCUGUGGGCAUUUGUUUUCUGAACAGUCUCACCAACACAUCGUUUUUAGUAGAAGCGUUGUGGCUUUAGUUGGUGCUUUAAAAACUAGGAAACUUUAGCCCCCUUGGUUAGAGGAGAAUUGUGGCUUGUUCUUUUUGUACAGUUAUUUAUAUAGUUGGUAAGCUUUGUGGACUGGGUUUUUGUUUUGAGGGCAAACCCCAAAACAGAGAUUCUUACUAAGCUUUGGUUAUCACCAAAACAGCCUCCACUAUAUACCAAAACUUUGACCUGGUUGAGCUCUUGAGUCAUAGAAGUUGAUUUUGCACUUCAUCUUUGGGCGUUGGAAAUUUACCACAUGACCUCACUAUUGACUGUUGUACUUCAACAGAUGCUUUGUGGCAUCUGCUUAUGCACUUGACUGUGCAUGGUUACUGCCAGUGGGUGCUGAGUGAGUGUCACAAGGGCUGAAAGGGGUCAUGGAUCUGCUUCCUGGGAGAGAAUUCUGAUUUCUCCAUGGAACAUGUACAUAACAUUUGGAUUGUUUUAUCUGUUCUUCAACUUUGCCUUUUUAUUCAAAUGUUACUCUUUUUUCCUUUGAGAAACAUGGUCAUUUUUGUGUCAGGGCCCUUGCUUUAUUAACUGUGUAUUCGUUUAAGGGAGGUUGUGUAGUUUACAUGUUUCAUCUUUUUUUAAACAACAUUUAGAUGGGUAGUAUUUACGUUCCCAAGGCUGUAAAGCAUGGGAAUUGCCCAGUUUUCUAAUUUUCCAGAGAGGAAUAUGUGUAAGUAGGAAAAAUCCUAACUACUUACAUAUAUUGUGUGUAUGUGUACAUAUAUAUAUAUAAACUUGUGUGUGAAAGCUGCAUUCUGAUUUUCAUAUGAGAAUGUUUGUGAUGUAAAUGUAAUACUACAUUAAGGCAAAGGCCUCCCUGCAUUUGAUACGCAGGUUUUCAUUUAUAUGUAAUUUUGGGAUAAAAAAUAAUAAAAUUUGUAAAUAUCGCCCCAUUUCAAAGGGUGAUACUUUCCUAGCAGAGAGGGCCUUUUGUCGUUAGAUCUAGUGUUGCUACAGGAAUCUUUGUAUCGGUACUUUUGAGGUAAAAACAGGUAGUUGUGAAGGGUGUGAUGGGGUGAGAUGAAACAAUGAACAGGAGUAAGAUCUGCUGUGGAAUCCAGAUCUCCGAUCUCAGCAAGGGAGUGCUGGUCCUGUUGAAGCAGCAGCUUCAGGUUUCUGAAUUGGCAGUGCAGGGGUUUCCUUCCCAGCGUAAUCAAGUCGCGGCAAGUUAUCCACAGUGGGCUUACGCCACUUCAUCCUGUCUGAUAUUCCCUUCUAUCUGAGGUGGUGAUGGGUUGGCACAGCUCCUGGGAAAGAUGGUGCCGCUCAGCACCGCUUGGAUUGGAGCUUAAUGGUCCUGUUAGAUUGUCUUCUUUUUCCAUUGAGGUCUCACAUGCCUGCGUGUACUUGGGGCUAACUGUUGACUUGUAUGGGGAGGGACAGCUGACUAAGGUUUAUUCAAAAGAAUUGAAAAGAUCCCCUUUGAAGUAAGAAAACUUGGUAAGAUCAUUUCAAUGGAAAGUAAGAUGAAGAGAAGCUAUAGCAAUUGGCACCCGCUCCCGAAAUACUCUUCCUUAGUCCUUGUGCCACUGUUUUCUUAAUCUUGACACAUGUUUUGUAUGUACAUAUCUAAAAGGUUUUGUUUUGAUGAAUUUUUCUUUUCAGCCAGACUGUUGGUUUUCUGUUUCUGGGGUUGGGCACUAAUCUGUCAUCUCACUCCAGGGCCACCUUGUUCAGGGCAGCCACUACUGCUCCCUGGUAGCCUGGAGCCGUGCUUCAAACACCAUCCUUACGGCCACUGUGGUAGAUGAGCACUCUGCCUAUGUUUCUUAAUAAGGGAUCCUAACUGUAUUGUGUUUGCUUUAAUAGAGGAAUGGCUUUCUGGGUUAAGAUAGUCUUCAUUCCAGCUAAAAGGGAAGGUGUCCACCCCACUUUUUUUUUUUUUUUUUAAAGUGUCAAAUA